AUGUCGAUUUCCACUUUUUUCGGCUGCAGGAUUUCGGUUCCGCCAUUGCCGGAUUUAUCUGCAAGCAAGCUACCUCCGUGCCCCGGCGGCAAUUUGGUGAUUGAAUGCUCGUCAAGGCCGACCAAGAAGGCGACUGCACAUCACAUGAAAACGAGGCCGCGGAAAACUCAGCCGUGGGACAUCCGGCGCCAGCCAACUGUGUAUCCUCCUCUGCCGCCUCUCCCUCCGGACUGGACCUUGGUUUCUUCAGUCUCCGGCGACGCCAAUGUCGAGGCAGCCGCACAAGCACCGCCUACUAGCGAGUAA